CUGCCAUGUGCAAGACAGUUCAUGGAAGCCCCGCCCCUCUCAGCGAGACAGGCUUCAACCUGGCCGUGACAGGACACAAUACUUUCAAUCUCCCUGGGCAGACAAGACACCUCAUUGAUACUUUGAGAAAGUUUGAGGACCUGAACUUUGAGGAGGACUGGAAGCUUCUGACCAUUCUUAUAGGCAUGAAUGAUAUCUGUGAUUACUGCAAAGAUAAGACUCUUUUUUCAGUGGACAAUUUCAUUCACUAUAUGACCGUCUCCUUGGAGAUGCUAAUGAAUGAGGUACCACGAAUGAUAGUGAACGUGGUUCAGAUCUUACCCAUGGAGACCCUGAGGGAAGUCCACAAGCCCACGCCUGGCUGCCUGCUCCAGAGGUCGUUCUGCUCCUGCCUCAUAAAGCCAGUGGCGAGUUCCCCUGAACUCAGGGAGCUAGUGGAGGUCAAUUUACAGUUCCAGAAGAGACUGGAGCUGCUUCUCUACAGUGAGCACUUCUUCAGGGAGGACUUUGCUGUCAUUCUUCAGCCCUUCCUAAAACAUGCUGACCCUCCUCGUCUUCCGGAUGGGAAGAUCGACAUGACUUUCUUCACUCAUGACUGCUUUCACUUUACAAUAAAGGGCCAUGAGGAGCUUGCCAAAGGCUUGUGGAACAACAUGUUCCAACCUGAAGGAGGCAAAUCUGUUGUUGGCAGCUUUUCUGAUCCCAUCAAUCUGAUAUGCCCAUCCAUGGAUCACCCAUACAUCUACACCAGACCAGGCGCAGCCCCGACAGACGAGCCAAACGUACCCAACGACCCCAUUUCGGCAGGCUCUGGGAAGACAGACAUCCAUUUUUAUUUCCUGGUUUUAACAAGUGUUCUGAUAGGGCAGUCCAUUACUUUAGCCUUGCUGUAGCCCUCCUCUUCAAAUCUUCAGUCAAACCUGAAAUAUGUUUAAGGCAGUAACAGAUGGGGUGGCUAAAAUGCAUUUUUCAUGAGUACAUUUAGAGGUAGGUGCAUGCACAAACAAUGUUGGGGUAAAUGUAAUUGGUGCCCAUUGCGUGCAUUAUCAUGCACUGAACACAAGAGGGGGCAUUGAUCUAGAGCCAACAUUACCAGUGGAUCUACAGAUGACAUGUCAUUGAUGAUAUGUUUGACUGAUAUUGAACCAUUGAGCAGACCACCUGGGAUCAGUGCUCAAAGAAUGAAGUGUGCAGUUAAAAAUAAGUGUCCUAUCCUGGCCUUUCACAUGGAACAGUCAAUAAACAACACAUGUAUUAACCAUUUCAUCGUGGUCCACA